UCUCAUAUACACUAAUGGGCGUGGUUCUUUCCAAAGGAAAAUGGUGGAGCGGAAGCUACUGAGUCUAGACUAAAAGCUAGAGAACAAGUCCUUGACGAACUUUUAUGAUAUUUGAGAGGAAAUAAGGUCACUGCAAUAUAUCCUAUCCCAAGAUGUCGACUAGCGAGGAACCCAAAAGUCCCGAUGUGAGUACGGAUGAUCACAGUGAAGCAGCACCACUCACCACUACUGGGAGAAUCGUACCAACUGUUAGCCCACCUGCGCCUGAGCGGCUCACAAUAGAUGAUAUCUACGAUGAGAAUGGGAUGCCCAGGACGGAAGUACUCAAGUCUCACUUUGUGCGAGAGGGUAGACUGUCACAGGAGGCAGCUCUCAAGCUCAUUAAACACGGUACUGACGUGCUUCGUGCUGAAGAGACGCUGCUCGCAGUGGAGGCCCCGGUGACUGUGUGUGGGGACAUCCACGGGCAAUUCUUUGAUCUCAUGAAACUGUUUGAUGUGGGGGGUUCCCCUGAAACUACCCGCUACCUCUUCCUAGGAGACUAUGUGGACAGAGGCUACUUCUCUAUAGAGUGUGUGCUGUACUUGUGGGCGCUCAAGAUCACGUACCCCAAGACACUGUUCAUGCUGAGAGGCAAUCACGAGUGCAGACAUCUCACCGAGUACUUCACCUUCAAACUAGAGUGCAAGGUCAAGUACACAGAGACGGUGUACGACGCUUGUAUGGACUCGUUUGACUGCCUCCCCCUCGCUGCUGUCAUGAACCAACAGUUCCUCUGUGUUCACGGCGGCCUAUCACCAGAGAUAUUCACACUAGACGACAUCAAAAAGCUGGAUCGGUUCAAGGAACCACCAGCGUUUGGUCCGAUGUGUGACCUCCUCUGGUCUGACCCUCUCGAGGACUUUGGACAAGAGAAGGCGAGUCAGGAGAACUUCAGUCACAACUCAGUGAGGGGAUGCUCCUAUUAUUACAGCUAUCAGGCGUGCUGUGAGUUCCUCCAACGUAACAACCUCCUCUCUAUUAUCCGAGCUCACGAGGCACAGGACGCUGGCUACAAGAUGUACCGCAAGAGUCAGUCCACCGGCUUCCCCUCUCUCAUCACCAUCUUCUCUGCUCCCAACUAUCUCGACGUCUACGGAAACAAAGCUGCCGUCCUCAAGUAUGAGAACAAUGUGAUGAACAUUCGACAGUUCAAUGCAGUGGAGCAUCCCUACUGGUUGCCCAACUUCAUGGACGUGUUCACAUGGUCGCUGCCAUUUGUCGGGGAGAAAGUAACGGAGAUGCUGGGGAAUGUAUUGAGUCUGAAGGACGAAGAUGACCUCUCAGUGGAUGAGGACAAACAGGUGGAUCCCGGGUCAGACGCAGCUCAGAGCAUAGCCGAAAGGAAGGAGGUCAUCAGGAACAAGAUCAGAGCUGUCGGGAAAAUGGCAAGAGUCUUCUCAAUUCUGAGAAUGGAGCAUGAGAAUGUGCUCAAGCUGAAGGGUCUCACACCGUCCGGCCAGCUGCCAGUGGGGGUGCUCUCGGAGGGACGCACCGGCCUCACCACAGCAAUGGACGAGUGGAAGGACAAGGUUGGUAGCUUUGGUGAUGCCAAGCGUCUUGACCAGAUCAACGAGAAGAUGCCCCCACGACGAGACUCUGUCGUGAGCAUGUCAAGUGAGGCAGCUAAUAGUCCGAUGUCUGUUGAAGAUCAAAAAUUCUCUUUUGACGGGACAAAAUAAAUCUGUACAUAUUAUAUAUAGUUGUUAUAAUUUUCAGACAGUAAAUUUUGUUGCGUGGCUUAUAAUAAAUUAUAUGCAAUCAUUUUAGUUCCCCGUUUUGCACAUAUAGCUCUAAUUAUAAUAAUAGACAUGCUGACAUGCAGUAGCUGUGGAUAGAGUUCUUUUAUUUAUAGCUCAUUUCUUUGUACAUCUAUAGCUUGAUAUAAUGACAUACAUACACACACACAGUCGUGCAGACUUGACAUGAUUAUAAAUGACCAUAA